AUGAUGCCUAUCUCCUAUCAUCAGCACACAAGCAACGAUUACACGGGGUUCAUCAUUUGUGGCGGGGAGAGGAGGGGUGGAGUGGUGGAGGGACACUACGACAAUUCAACGUUGAAUCGAUUUUUCAAAAAUGAGACCACAUCAAUCAUUUUAUCGUUUGGUGACAGCGAUGAAAUUCUAAAUUCGAAUGAGACGAGACGAGUACGAAGGAGUACAGAUGGAGCGGGAGUCACGAGAAAGCCGUGUGAAAGGUUCAACAUUGAAUUGAUUGUGAUCCCUUUGUGUGUGGCGAUGAUCCCGAUUGGUCUUUGUGCUCUUCUAUUAUGCACUUGUUGUUGUGGACCGAAGGAUAGUCGAGGAAAACUCCCCGACAAUUUCUUGAAAACAAUCGCAAGCUCAGCCUCGAUUGGAAAACGAUGUACUUCAGAAGAAAUGGAGUUAGAAUAUAGGGAUGGAUAUGUGCAAAGAAAAGAUUCGACGAAAACAAAAUUUUCCACCGUUGUCUCCUAUAUCGAACCGCCGAGAAGGAGCAGUGUUUGGAGUAUUCGAACGAAUAACUCAAUAGAAGGCUCUGAAGAAGAUUUGAAAUGUGGAGAUGAGAAAAGAGAAGAACAAACAAGCACAACACAAAACAAAAUCUCAAAGAGUUCAUCUUCGGGAUCGAUUGUCAGAUUUAACGAACAGGUUUCUGUUCUCGGUGUUGACGAGUUGAAAACGGGAAAACGG